AUGACUCCAACCGUUUUCGAAAACUACAUUACAGACUGCAGGAUAGAUGGUAAGUCAGUUCAGCUGGCACUAUGGGAUACUGCUGGACAAGAAGACUAUGAGCGACUACGUCCCCUAGCAUAUUCUAACGCUCAUGUCAUACUUAUCGGCUUCUCUGUCGACACACCUGAUUCCCUCGACAACGUCAAACACAAGUGGGUAGAGGAGGCCACCCGUCUUUGCCCUAGUGUCCCUAUAAUUCUUGUUGGAUUAAAGCAAGACCUCCGUGAGGAUCCAGUCGCUAUCAGGGCAAUGCGUAAGGAGUCACUGCGCUUUGUUACAUACCAGGAGGGCUAUACUGUUGCUAAGGAGAUUGGAGCCUGGAAAUACCUCGAGUGCUCCAGUCUCAGCGGUGUAGGAGUCGACAAUGUCUUUGAAGCCGCUACGCGCGCUGCCUUGUUGACCUUUGAGAAGAGUGAAAGAGUCAGCUGCUGCACUAUAUUAUGA